AUGAAGAGCUGGCUAGAGACCGCCAGCAGUAUGGAAGACGGGUCUCUGCCUUGUAUGCUGGCUGAGGGUAGGGAAGCCUUACUGCCAAUAACUGGUAGAGAAAAUUUAGCACCUAGGAAAAGAGACAGAACAUUAGAGCCGUGUGCUCUUUCAGAGGAGGCAUAUCUGUCAAGUGGCGCCGGAUCACCGUGUGCUGGCCUAUCUCGUGAAGAACGAAGACGUCGACGUAGAGCCACUCUCAAAUACCGGACAGCACACGCUACAAGAGAAAGGAUAAGGGUCGAGGCUUUCAAUGCCGCCUUUGCAUCCCUCAGGAGACUUCUGCCCACUCUACCCCCAGAUAAGAAACUGUCCAAAAUAGAAAUCCUUCGUCUUGCCAUUUGUUAUAUCGCCUAUCUCAAUCAUGUAUUGGACGCG